GACUGUGAUGAUCGGCCUGAUCAGCCGGUUUCUGUUUACUGUUUAGUGGAGUUUUUAGUUUCAUUCAUAAAAUUUACCGUAGUUUUUUAGCAAGACAUAAUACGAAAUCGAUUGUUACAAUUAAACGUUCAACACUUGCCGAUCUACGUUUCAAAACAUUAAUGUAAAGCAGCGUACGUAAAAACCAGCAUCAUGUUCAGCUCGUUAGUAUUAUCCACACUUACCAGAACCGGUAGCAGCUUGGCGAGGAGGAAUGCGUCAAUUCUUCUCCGACAAGCCCACAGAGCGGCCGUUUUGCACGAAAUCGGUAAGCCUCUAGUGCUGGAAACGGUCAAGCGCAUCGAGCAACUCAAGGAUGAUGAGGUUCGAAUCAAGGUGCACUACUGCAGUCUCAAUUCGACGGAUGUGCAAAUUAUCACCGGAAAGCAUCCGGAACUGCAGGUGCCCCUUCCGUUCAUCCCUGGGCACGAAAUUUCCGGGGAAGUGGUGGAGAUUGGGAGCAACAAUCCGAACUUUUUAAAGCGAGGCGAUCGAGUGGUGGCCAUGAAUGACUUACAAGACCCGAAUGGUGGAUUGAUUGAAGAAGUGGUCGUAAAGAACCGAGAUGUUUGGCAGGUUCCGUCGGAAGUUCCUCUGCAGGAGAUGACUGUGAUGCCCUACGGGCACGGAACGGCCCUGUUGGCAUUUGCUAUGCACUGUCAGCUACAGGAGAACGACUUGGUACUGAUAACUGCUGGCCCCGCCGGAAUGGGACUGGCCGCCAUCGAUUUGGCCGUGGCCGUUUACAAGGCUAAGGUUAUUGCCAUUUGCGACACCGAGAGUAGUUCGGAUUUGGUACGGGAGAAAGGAGCCUACAAGACUGUUAGCAUGGGGAAGAACUAUACGAAGCUGUACAAGAACCUGGCGGAUGCGAUGGGCGACAAAAAGGCCAAGGUGGCGUACGAUGCCGUGGGGAAGGGACUGCUGCAUCUGUUGGCGGAUUUCGUCGAUCCGGAGAAAGGUCAGAUGUUUUCCGUGGAUCCGUUCCACAAUCAGGCAAAGCUGAAGGCAUCCAAGCCGGAGUACGAGCUGCCCAAGAAAAAAGAACGCACCGAACAAGACGACCAGAAUGCCGCCAAACUGAUUGAUAACGUGGUGCACAUUGAUCUGUACGAGCAUCCGGACGAGGACGUGUACCGGCAAAUGAUUUCGGAUACCAUCGAGAUGAAGUCGCAACGAAUGGUCUCCGGAUACAUUAGUAAGGUGUUUUUGCUGAAAAGUGUUCAGAAAGCGGUAGAGUUUAUCCAAAAGAAGCAAUGCACCGGGAAAGUACUUAUCGACGUCAAAUGUUUGGACGAUGAUGAUUGUGAAGAUGAAGCGAAGGAGAACGAAAAGUAACUAAGUCAGUUCGCUGUUAAUGAAGAGUCUAAUCUUCAAGUCAUGCUUUUCAAAAUUUAGUUUGUUGUAUAGAUUAACUGUUUUGUCCGUUCAAUGCAACUAAUGUUAGGAAUAAUAAAUUUUCAAAAUUACAUUGCA